AUGAACAUCCUACACUCAACACUAUCAACCUGGCGGGACCGCCUAGCGCCAGUAUCGCGGACCUCAACCUUCCGAAACACCGGCCAAAUUACCCCGGAGGAGUUCGUUCUCGCAGGCGACUACCUAGUCUACAAGUUCCCCACAUGGUCCUGGGGUGACGCCUCAAGUCCAGCCAAGCGAGUCUCCUACCUACCAGCCGGCAAGCAGUUCCUUGUUACUCGCGGCGUGCCCUGUCACCGACGACUGAACGAUAACUUCGCCGGCGAUGCGGGGCUUGAAGAUGAGAUCGUGAGGGAUUUCUUGUCUGGCGGUGACGGCGGGGAAAGUGCUGCCGACGGAGAAGAUGGCUGGUUACGCACCGGUGGGGGUCGCGAUACUGUUGCCGAUGCGGAUAAGCAGGAAGCUCGCAUCCGCGAUGUGCGGACGGUCGAUGAAUCUGGGAAUCUGGGGGAGCAGGAGGACGAUGAUGAGAUCCCAGAUAUGGAAGAUGACGAUGAUGACGAGGAGGCUAUCAUUCGAGAGCCGGCUGGCCAGGCCGGGACUACGCAACCUCUCCGCACUUACACGCUCUAUAUCACAUACUCUAACUUCUACCGCACACCCCGUCUAUACCUAUCCGGGUAUCUGUCCCCAUCAGAACCACUUCCACCGCAUCUAAUGAUGGAAGAUAUCGUCGGCGACUACAAGGACAAGACGGUAACACUAGAGGAUUUCCCCUGGUUCGAGGGUAGUGUCAAGAUGGCCAGUGUACACCCCUGCCGCCAUGCAUCCGUGAUGAAGACGCUCCUCGACCGCGCCGACGCGGCACUCAAGCUGCGCCGGGAGAAGAUCAAGCAGACCCAGUCGCGCGAGGAAGCAAACCGUGUUCUACGAGCUGGCGGGAACAGCGGGCUAGAAGGUCUGGUGGAUGAGACGCAGGCCCUCUCGCUCGGUGAACAGCAGGCACAGCCCGGCGGGGAUGAGUGGGAGAUGCUCCAGCAUGACGAGGACGAGCAAGUUGCCAUUCGGGUGGAUCAGUACCUAGUUGUGUUCCUCAAGUUCAUUGCUAGCGUGACGCCGGGCAUUGAGCAUGAUUUCACAAUGGGGGUUUAA